GUUGCUGGCAAGGUCUUGCAGAAAAAUUUGAGAAGGAUAAUGCUGUAGAAUGCCGUAAAGGGAUCCUAUACAAUGUAGACAAAUGCCAGUUAUCGUCUUUAAAAGCCCAGGAAGCUGAACCAGAAGCCCUCAGGCCAUUCACCAAACAAAAUCAACACCAACCCAAAAAAAAAAGAAGAAAAAUGUCAAUGUGGGCUGAACUUCCAUCGGAAUUGCUUCAAAUAAUUGCUGAGAAACAUACCAACUAUGUUGAUUACCUUUUCACUAGAGCUGUCUGCAAAUCAUGGCAAAGAGCUAUAGCAAAAAGACCCCAUAGUCUUCUCUGGCAACUUCCAUUUCUAUUGCUUCCUUACCACCAAGACAUUCCAGACCACCGAGGCUUCUACAAUAUCCCGAAUGACAUAACAUACAGUCUUCAAUUGCCUGAAGCUUUUGAAAAGCGCUGCUGCGGAUCAUCCCAUGGCUGGCUAAUUAUGGUCGAAGAUAGCCCAUCAAUUUUUCUCUUAAAUCCCUUAACAAGAGCAAGAAUUGAACUUCCUUCAUUGUCUUCUUUCCCUACUUUCCCCACAGACCUAGUCUUUGAGAACUCCCAGAACUUGAACGAGGACUUCAUCAUUAGAGAAAAGCUCCAUAUUCGCGACACUUUCAUAGUUAAAGCAAUAUUAUCUACUGAUCCAUCAUCGGCCACAGAUUUUAUUGUCGUGGUCAUAUAUGGCUUCAAUGAAAAUUUAGCCUUUUUUAGGUCGGGAGAUACAGCUUGGAGUGUCGUUGAUGAAGCAUCACAGACUAGUCGUUACAAGGACGUUCAAUUUCGCCAAGGGAAACUCUAUGCAGUUGAUCAAAUGGGUGGAAUUUCAGUAUUCAGUAUAGAAAAUAAUACCAUGAUCCGUGUAGCUGAUCCACCACCAAUAUCACCACGAACGGGAUUCAAGCAAUGGUAUUUGGUCAGUUCUCACGAAGAACUAUUAGUGGUGGGUCGGUCCGGGAAAAUCAUUCCUGAUUAUGACUACAAAACCGAGAGAUUCGAGGUGUACAAGCUAGAAGCCAGUAGCUGGACGAAGAAGGAAAGCCUAGAAGAUAAGAUGUUGUUCUUGGGUUGCAAUAGCUCGCUUUCCAUUUCCUCUCAAGAUUUCAGCAACUGCAAAGGGAAUUGUAUUUAUUUCACCGAUGAUCAUAUCAGACUUUGCAAGGAUUAUGUAUGGGAAGGCCAUGAUUUUGGCGUUUUCGACUUUGAAGAAGGAAGAGUCCGAAGCCUAGGAUUACCCUCAUAUCCAAUUAAGCAGCCAUGCUUUACAAACAUUUUCUACUUCGAGCACAGCCUGUAUCGCGACAGAUCCUUGUUCAUCUUGCCGCCUCCGGUUUGGGUCACAAUCAGUCCAUGAAUCAGGAGUGUUAAUUAGGUUGUAUGUGUAGUCUUGGAACAAAUUAAUGUUUUUCUCCCAUGUACAAAUCUAAAGGCUGUCAUUUUCAAGUAGUAUGCAUAAAUUA